GCGACUGGUGUGCGUAUUUAUAGAGGCGGUGCCGGGGGCGCCGGGGCGUCUCUGUGCCCGCAGUCCCGCGUCAUGGAGCGGCCGGCGCCCUUGGCCGUGCUGCCCUUCUCCGAUCCCGCGCACGCCCUGAGCUUGUUGCGCGGCUUGAGUCAGUUGCGCGCCGAGCGCAAGUUUCUGGACGUGACCCUGGAGGCGGCGGGUGGCCGCGACUUCCCUGCGCACCGCGCUGUGUUAGCGGCCGCUAGUCCCUACUUCCGCGCCAUGUUCGCGGGCCAGCUGCGCGAGAGCCGCGCCGAGCGCGUGCGCUUGCACGGGGUGCCGCCCGACAUGCUGCAGCUGCUCCUGGACUUCAGCUACACCGGCAGAGUGGCCGUGAGCGGCGACAACGCCGAGCCGCUACUGCGCGCCGCGGACCUGCUGCAGUUCCCCGCCGUGAAGGAGGCGUGCGGCGCCUUUCUGCAGCAGCAGCUCGACCUGGCCAACUGCCUGGACAUGCAGGACUUUGCCGAGGCCUUCAGCUGCUCGGGGCUGGCUAGCGCGGCUCAGCGCUUCAUCCUGCGCCACGUGGGCGAGCUGGGCGCCGAACAGCUGGAGAGGCUGCCGCUGGCCCGCCUGCUGCGCUACCUGCGCGACGACGGGCUGUGCGUGCCCAAGGAGGAGGCGGCCUACCAGCUGGCACUACGCUGGGUCCGCGCGGACCCGCCGCGCCGCGCUGCGCACUGGCCGCAGCUGCUGGAGGCCGUGCGCCUUCCCUUCGUGCGCCGCUUCUACCUGCUGGCACACGUGGAGGCCGAGCCGCUGGUGGCGCGCUGUCCGCCUUGUCUGCGCCUGCUGCGCGAGGCCCGCGACUUCCAAGCCGCACGCUACGACCGGCACGACCGCGGGCCCUGCCCCCGCAUGCGUCCGCGCCCGUCCACCGGCCUAGCCGAGAUCUUAGUGCUGGUGGGAGGUUGCGAUCAGGACUGCGACGAGUUGGUCACCGUCGACUGCUACAAUCCGCAGACAGGCCAGUGGCGCUACCUGGCCGAGUUCCCCGACCACUUAGGUGGGGGCUACAGUAUCGUGGCUCUGGGUAACGACAUCUACGUGACGGGCGGGUCUGAUGGCUCCCGGCUCUAUGACUGCGUGUGGAGAUACAACUCAAGUGUGAACGAGUGGACAGAGGUAGCACCCAUGCUCAAGGCCCGAGAAUACCACAGCUCUUCUGUCCUGGACGGGCUACUGUAUGUGGUGGCAGCUGACAGCACAGAGCGCUAUGACCAUGCCACCGACUCCUGGGAGGCUCUGCAGCCCAUGACCUACCCCAUGGACAACUGCUCUACCACUGCCUGCCGAGGCCGGCUCUAUGCCAUUGGCUCCCUGGCAGGCAAGGAAACCAUGGUGAUACAGUGCUAUGACCCGGACACUGACCUGUGGUCACUGGUGGACUGUGGGCAGCUCCCACCUUGGUCCUUUGCACCCAAGACCGUGACUCUGAAUGGACUCAUGUACUUCGUCAGGGAUGACUCAGCUGAGGUGGAUGUAUACAACCCCACAAAGAAUGAAUGGGACAAGAUCCCGUCUAUGAAUCAGGUACAUGUCGGGGGCAGCCUGGCUGUCCUGGGAGGCAAGCUCUAUGUCUCUGGGGGAUAUGACAAUACAUUUGAACUCUCGGACGUGGUGGAGGCAUAUGACCCAGAGGCCCGAGCAUGGAGUGUGGUGGGGAGGCUCCCAGAACCCACCUUCUGGCAUGGCAGCGUGAGCAUCUUCCGCCAGUUCAUGCCACAGACACCAGCAGGGGGCCGUGGCUUUGAGCUGAACAGCGGCAGCAAUGACAUGGAUGCUGGCCGCCACAGGCUGCCACAGAACCCUGACGAGCUGCACUAGCCCAGGCCUGGCCCAAGGGAGGGCCUUGGUGCAAGGGGCCUGGCACCUACAGAGGAAUAGAUCACCAAGAAGAGCAGUGGCUCAUGGGUGCUGAGUGAGCCCCUAGAGUGCCAUGUGAAGGUUUCUGUACAUUCAGAGCCGAUGUCACAGCUUCUAGGGGCGAAGCUGGUGGUGACCUGUGUGGUUAAGAACCAGUGGCUUCAACACUAUCACGUAUCUCUGCCUUCCAGAAAGUUACCUCCAGCUUGUAGCAUCCAACUCACUAUGCAGUGUGCCUCUCUUUGCAGCCUCCUCCUGGGCCUGCUUGAUCUCAGAGCAGAGGGCAAGGGUCCCUGUGACAGAAAGUGGCCUGGCCUGGAACACUGGGGACCCGGGAAGACAAAGGCUCCAAAAGAGAGCUUAAACUCCAUCUAGUACCAAGGACCCCUGUAGCCAGUGCAAGUCCAAGGGGUGCCGUCAGCUCACCUAGCUUCACACGUCUGUUGGGGGUCUCACCAUACAGGGUAGGCUUUUAGGACAUGAGUACUGACUGAUUAAGCCACAGUGUGAGUGGGCUUGAAAGGGUCUGUUUCCAUAGCACAUGGUCUCACCUGGCUAGGGGCCCUCCCUGGGGUUCUGCCCCAAGCCUGCAGAGGCAAGGCUGGAGGAGAAGACCAAAGCUCACAAAGCUGGAUUGCUGUGGCUCCUCAGGAAUCUCCCUGACACUUGGCUGAGUGGACAGAUGCUGGGCCUGCUUCUAAAGGAGACUGAGCAGGGCGGCCCCAAGGCUGGGUUCUAGGUCUGAAAUGUUUGCAGUUUGAACUCUAAAAGACGUAGAGAGUUGGGAGAAGUAAGAGACAAGUGGCUCUGUCCGACUUGAAUAUGUACAGAUCGUCGUUGUUAGAAUUUUCCUGCCAUUGUGUAGAAAAAACAUCAAAUUCCUAAGAGCUCAGGUCCAGGUGUAUGAGUACCAGAGCACCUGAGCCAUAGCUCAGUGGAGCCCAGAAGUUCUUCCUGACUUUGAGUGGUUUCAUGGGUUUGGGGGCUGGGGCUGGGACUGCUCAAGGUACCCAGUGGCCUCUCUGCUGGAGUUUAUCAUCAUGCCUCUUUCUGGGGAAGAGGGCAUUAGGACCGUUUUAUUGGAGACAAUGCCAAGGUUCGGGGUGAUUUGGUGAACUUGGGUGGGUGAGGCUCUAGGAACAGAGCCUGCCCUACCACAUACCUACAGUCCUCUUCUUGGCCAGGUGGCAGAGGAGGCUGCCUUAAUUUCCAGGGUACCUACCUACUUCCUGUCCGGUGCCAUGCACUGCAGAAGUCAUCCUGUUUAGUUUGAUAUCCAUAUUUCUAAAAUGCUCUGCUGGGCACCCUGCCCUGGGAAAGACCGAGUGUAUGGGGCAGUGCUGGCCCAGCACAGGCCCACUGGUGUCCUAGGGCUCCCGUGGGGUGUGCGGCCGGAAUUUGUUUUGUUUCCUGGUGCUGUCAGCCCAGCCUGGUAGUACCUCUCCUCCCUCUUGGCCUAGUAAACUCUUUCACUGAGCCUUAAAGAGCUGCUACCCAGAGGGGUCGGUACUCUGGAGUGCCUUGGCAUGGCAGGGUGGGGUCCUGUGUGUUUCAGGAACUAAGCUCAGUGCUGCAGAAAGUGUUUGGUCUACCUGUAGACUAGCCACCACUGUCAAGUCCUCUUAGGGACAGGCUAGGAGGCUUCCAAAGGAGAGCUGUAUCACGGCACUUUCCUAUGACCUGCAGUGGUUACUGCAUUAUAAUGCACACUUGCACAGAGCCCCUCUGCCCACCUGUGCUCCAGAGCUGCUCAGGUUUCCACAUCAUGACCCAUAUUUGGGUUUCUAAGACUGAGGAGAGUGCAGAGUAGGCACUCACUGAUCCCUCCCUCAGCUUCUCCUUUGCCAAGGGCUCUUAGACAGUACCCCCAUCACUUGACACAUGUCUACACUAACAGGGAUUAAAGCUGGGUUUCUUGGGUAUGGGAUUGUCCCUGUCACAUGUAUAAAGCUUUUGUAUGUCAGGAUAAAAUUAAGUUAUGAGAAGUUCUGUGUCUGGUUUUUUAUGCUGAUCUGUAAGGGAUUUCUUAUAUUUAUGACUUCUGAGACUUAUGUCAUGAAGGUUUCCUUCCUUAGGUAACUAGCAUUUAGUCACACCAGUGGCUGGGGCAGAUUUGUAUAUUUAUUUUUGUCUACUCUAGAGGCUUCUAUGUCCAGCAUUCUAAGGUUUUAGGAUGCUCCCCUCCUUUUUGAAAUAAAAUGUUUCCUAUAUGCUGGGUGUCA